AUGGCACCAAUUGGCGACGAUGCCUCGCAGACCCUCCAUGACCUGGUCAAUAGACUCGAGUCGAGAGUCAAGGAGCUCGAAGACAAGCUUGCGCAUGCUGCUGGUGGCCCUGCACCCUCCACUCCUGAGGGCGUUAGAAUGAUUCUUAUGGGCCCUCCAGGUGCUGGCAAGGGUACUCAAGCUCCUAAGAUCAAGGAGAGAUUUUCAUGCUGUCAUUUGGCUACUGGGGAUAUGUUGCGAUCACAAGUUGCGAAGAAGACACCAUUAGGCCGGGAAGCUAAGAAGAUUAUGGAUCAAGGUGGCCUUGUCAGCGAUGAGAUCGUUAUUGGUAUGAUCAAGGCCGAACUUGAGGGCAAUCAAGAGUGCAAGGGAGGAUUCAUUCUUGAUGGUUUCCCACGUACAGUCGUGCAAGCAGAGCGCUUAGAUGCCAUGCUUUCAGCGCGCAAUCAAAAGCUACAACACGCAGUCGAACUUCAAAUUGACGAUAGUCUUCUUGUAUCCCGCAUUACUGGUCGUUUGGUACACCCCGCUUCAGGCCGAUCGUAUCACCGAGUGUUCAACCCACCUAAGGCAGACAUGAAGGACGAUAUCACUGGUGAACCCCUUGUAUCAAGAUCCGACGACAAUGCCGAAGCUUUGAAGAAGCGACUUGUUACCUACCACGCUCAAACAGCCCCUGUCGUUGGUUAUUACCAAAAGUCCGGCAUCUGGAGUGGUAUUGACGCAUCGCAACAACCCGGAGUCGUUUGGAAGUCACUUUUGGGUGUAUUCGAUAAGCAAAAGGCUCCUAGUGGUUCAUUGCUUAGCAAAAUUACCGGUCGCUCUUAG